GGGUUGAAUUGAAACUGAACUGGUAGAAUUUACAAAAGCUCUGCUCCCAAACAUCCAAGUUUAACAGAGGGAACGUCGUGCCCAAAAGCAGCAAAGGGCAAGUUUUUCUGAACAAACCGUCCUUUCAUGCUGAGGUAAGUCAUGUGGUUAGGAAGUGUGUAAUGCCAAGUGGGGAGGUAACCAGCCAUCAGUCACAGCAAACGGUUUAUUUUCUUUUAUACUCCCUCCAAACGAAUCACACAUGACCAGUGGCUCCUUUCACACACACAGAAAAAGGAUCUGGUUGUUGUAAGAAUUAAAAAAAUCAUCUUUAUGUGGAAAUAAUGUAAAUAAAUCCAAACUUUUGUUCCCAACUCAGCUGUUAUUUCAGUUCCUGUGAUCUUCUUCACCUUUGCUGCUCUUCUUGUGUUUCUCGCCUCACCUGAUCUGAUUUAGUCUUUUUUUUACUCUCCUCCGCACCACAUUUGUCUUUUCUUUCUUCCCUUUUGUUUUGAAUCUCUAACUCUGUAUUUAUCCGUAUCUUGUCACAGAUUUCGCACUCUUCAUCUCUCCUCUCUUUAUUAGAGCUAAUUACUUCCAGCAGGCUUUUGUCCUAGUCCGUCACGCUGCUGCCCAUCAUGUGAUGGCAGUGAGUUAGCUUGUUAUUGGAGGCCCGUAGACACGCUGCACAUGAACUAUUCCAACUUCCUCCUGCUCUGUGGAGCCGCGCCUGCUGCUGCAGCUGAAGUGAGGACUCGAUACCUUCCAGCUUUGGUUACUCGGCAACAGAAUCUCUAAAUGGCUGAAGAAGUUUUAAUGUCGUCCUCAAGGAAAAUUACAUCGCACCUGACUGGCUCUCUUCUAGCUGUAGCGUUUCUCACCUCGUUUGGGAGUUCCAUGUUGUACGGCUAUAACCUGGCUGUGGUCAACUCCCCAGCUUCAUACAUAAAAGACUUCUACAACCAGACAGUGGUGAGUCGGAACGGGACCGGACUGAGUGCUGAGACUCUGACCCUCAUGUACUCUCUCACCGUGUCGGUGUUCGCCAUCGGUGGCCUGCUGGGCUCACUCAUCGUUGGCGUGCUGGUCUCUCGCUUUGGCAGGAAGGGAACAGUGGUAAACACAACAGUCCUGGUUUUUAUUGCUGGCUCGCUUAUGGGCUUCAGCAGGAUGUGCGGUUCACCUGAAAUGGUCAUAAUUGGCCGCUUCAUCACAGGAAUCCACUCAGGCAUCUCUCUGAGCGUAGUCCCAAUGUACCUCGGUGAGAUAGCCCCCAAGAACCUGAGAGGAUUCCUGGGUCUCGUUCCAAGCAUCUUUAUCGGAACAGGAGUUUUUACUGCUCAGAUCCUCGGCCUCCAUGAGCUCCUUGGAAAGGAGGAGUACUGGCCCCUGUUUCUGUCAGUGGUGGUGGUACCCACCUUUAUCCAGCUGAUGCUGUUGCCAUGGUUUCCAGAGAGCCCUCGGUACUUGCUGAUUGAGAAGAAUAAUGUCCAUGCUACAAUCACAGCCCUGAAGUGGUACCGAGCUAAGUGUGACAUCCAGGCUGAAAUUGAAGAGAUGCAGGAAGAACAGCGCUCCCUGUCCUCAGUGGAAACUCUAUCGGUAUGGAAGCUGUUGCUGGAUGAUUCCGUUCGCUGGCAGGUGCUGAGCGUUGUGGUCAUCAACAUCGGUAUGCAGCUGUCGGGCAUCGAUGCUAUCUGGUUUUACACCAACGACAUCUUUGAGAAUGCAGGAAUUCCAGCUCCAGAGAUCCAGUACACCACGGCAGGAACGGGAGUCAUAGAAAUCAUCGCUGGGCUGGUUGGGUGUUUCACCAUAGAGAAGCUCGGCCGGAGGCACCUGAUGGUCGGAGGGUUCACUAUGAUGGGCGUCUGCAGCUCUGGGAUCACGCUGGCCCUGAUCCUACAGACUCAGAUAUCAUUCAUGCGUUAUAUCAGCGUUUGCUGCGUGGUCGGCAUCAUCGCUGGGUUCUGCAUCGGUCCAGCGGGGGUGCCCUUCCUGAUCACAGCAGAACUCUUUAAACAGUCGCAUCGUCCGGCUGCUUACAUCAUCGGCGGUUCCCUCAACUGGCUCUCCAACUUCACUGUGGGCUUCGUCUUCCCGUUCCUGCAGAUGUCUGCAGGGUCCUACUGCUACCUGGUUUUUGCCGCUGUGUGCUUUGCUGUGGCCGUCUACGUUUACGUCGUCAUCCCAGAGACCAAAAACAAAACAUUCAUGGAGAUUAGCCGGAUGUUCUCUAGGAAAGAGGCGGUUCUGGAGAUCCAGGGUCUGAUCCAUGACCAGCUGAAGCUGCAGAAGAUGAAUGGUUACGGGGGUCUGGAACACACCUCGCUGGAGUUUGACAGCUCGUCCUCCGUACCGUAACCAAGUCUUAGGAAAACUGCUGAGCCCUUCAACAUGAACACCAAAGAACUCCUCGUCUGCACCCAGCAGCUUCUCACUGGCUGAAGCUUGCUCAGCACUUUUGUCUUAUGUUUUGGUAUCUUGAACUCAUUUUAUAAACUUAGUGUGGAGUCCAAUCAUGUUUCCUUGUGUCAUGCUUGUCCUAGAACAAUCCUGGUCCUGGACGUCCCUAUCCAGUAUAUUUUAGGUGAUUUUUUUAGCAGGUGAUGAACCAGUUCCAGUAGAGCUUCACGAGCUGCUGAACAGGUGAUUUCAGCUCCUUGAUUCAGGUAUGUUGGAGCAGAGAAACCACUAAAACAUGCUGGGUAGUGGCCCUGGAGGACCAGGGGGCUCAUUUAUCAAGCUUGCUUACGCACAAAACGGGGUUGGAAAACUGCGUAAGCGACUUUCCACACAAACUUUGGGAUUUAUGAAAGAAAACGUAGCGGAAAAAUGUGCACAACUUUAAGUUGACUAAGGACCUGGCUUACACACAUGUUGGACAUGGAGAGCACCUGCAGUGCUGCUGCUGAGAAGAUACAAUUAUGAAAUCCUGCAGCAUUAUCACUUGUACCGCUUCGUUUUCACACAGAACAAGACCCCCCACGCGCACACACACACACACACACACACACACACACACACACACACACACACACACACACACACACACACACACACACACACACACACACACACACACACACACACAGCCUGAAGC